CGACGGAAGUGGGGGUGAAGGAAAACGCGGUGUAGAUCUCCUCGUGCUGCAAACAUCUGCGGAAACAUUGUUUUGCAAAAGGCCGUUCAGAAUUGUUAGCAGGAAUCACAACAAGAUAAUUUUUAGAGCCGCGACCGCGACCUUCAGAGAAGGAUAAACGGCAAGGGGCCAGCGCCUGGACCAGGUGCGGAGCAAGAACACUCCCGACGUCCUCCUCAAGAGUCGCGUGAAUAAUGGCUAGGCGUGUCGGGAACAAUGAUGCACCUGCUCAUCCAGCAAAGGAUUCUGAGCAACUGUCGAGCUACUUUUCUCUAAGCGAGGCCGUACCGAGCACCUUGCGCUCCCACAGCGGGAGCAUGGACGUCACGGACGUCGCCUACGCCCCCCGAAUGACGGCGUUCUCCAGAAACGGGGAGACCCUGCUGGAGGACCGCCUGGCCGAGGACGGCGACGCCUCCGCCGACUACAACCCCGCGGACGACGACACCACCUCAGACGAGGGCAGCCCCAUCGCGCGACAGAGCCACCUAGACCACCACCUCAACCGCCAACGCCUCGGCGACGCCGCCAACGCCGACGACGACGGCGGUGCGGACGGGGGGGGGAUGAUGGACCUGGAGGACGGGGGGGGAGUCGGAGGAGAAGGAGGCGACGUUGACGAGUUGGGUCCGGGGAUUGCGCUCGGCGGCGGGUUGGAGGAGAGCGGCGGCGGGUUGGAGGAGGUGGUACGGAGGGGAGAAAAGGCCGGCGGGGUGGGGCUGGAGCCGCUGGAGUUGCCCCGGCCACCCACCGGGCCAAACGCUUCCGCUGGAAAUCCCGAGGACGAUGUCGAAGAAUCCCCCAGGUCUUCUCCGCUUGGCCAAGGCCCCGGCUUACAGGCGAUAGCCUUUGAAGCGGCAGAGUCGGGGAAAGCCUCUCCUUCGUUAUCCGGCGGGGCGGGGUGUACCGGGGCGGGAGCGCUAUCGCUAGGCGGGGGGUCUCCCAUAGUCGAUGGCGGAGACUUUUCUGCCUCAGGAGGGCCAAGGAUCUGGCGGGAUGUGUCUGCGGGAAGGGAGAACAGUGGUGUAAGGGAUUCCAGUGGCGGCGGGGUUAGCGUCGGGGCAGGUGGCGGGGUUAGCAUCGACAGCCCUGCCGCCAGGGAGAUGAGGGCGGACACGGCUGACUCGACCAGCAGCGAUGAGAGCAUGGCGGGCAACGCUAGGCUUUCAGCCCCGGCGAUGAAGAAGCAGUGGGAAGAGGCCAUGAGCGGGGGCAACACCCCGGAGACUCCGCACAGGUCGAGAAGAGGGUCGACGAGCAUAGACGGGAGCGUUGGCCGCGGGGCACCGGGGAAUCUCUUCUCUCCAUGUGCAGCCCGGGGACUCGGGUCGUCCUUCGGACCGGUGGAAGGCGUUGUCACCAGGACCGGCCGGGCGGGGUCGGUGAACGGGGUCGGCGGUAGCGUCGGCGGCGGCGUCGGCGGCGGUAGCCUCAGCCUGAGCGGCGGCAGCAUCGGCGCCGGUCUCGGCGGCGGCGGCGGCGGCGGCGGCGGUGCCUCGAUCUCCGUCCUGGGGACCCAUCUGCGGACGUACGGGUGGGUGAGGGACGAGGAGGUGUCGGAGUGCAUGAACGCCUGCGGGACGGAGUUCACCACCCUGGAGAGGCGCCACCACUGCCGAUGCUGCGGGGCGAUAUUCUGCCAGACCUGCAGCCGGCAUCGUUGUCUCGUGCCGGAGCCAGUCACCCCUCCCGGAAAGGAUCCCCUAGAUCCGACAAGGCCUCACAGGGUAUGCAACGCCUGCUACGCCGACGUCCAGGCGUCUCAGGAGGAGUUGCUGUCGAAGGUGAGUAAGGCCAGGAGGCACAACGCCUUCAAUACCGACUCCGCGGCGAGACACUGCAACCCCCCCUUCGGAUUGGACCUGGCACACGAGGUGCGAAAAUCGGCCAACACGCUGAACAACAUCCUAGAAAGGCGGCAGGGGUGCGACUGCGACGGGAUGAACCUCAUGCUCAGGCCCGAGCAGAGAAUUUCGCAGUCGCUUUGUCGCGGUGCUGUCGGGCUCGUCUUCGUCACUAUCGCUAAGGCGGGUUUCCUGUACGCUGCGGAGGCGGGGACGGGUCUCUGCGUUGCCAGACUCCCGGAUGGUAACUGGUCCGCGCCGGCGGCCGUGCAGAUGUUUGGUCUCUCCUGGGGGUUGCAAGCCGGAUGCGAGGUUGUGGAUGUCGUGAUUCCCUUGAGGUCCGAGGCUGCCGUGGAGAUGCUCAAGUGCGGUGGACAGGCAUACGCCAAACUCGACGCGGCCGUGGCGGUGGGCCCGAUGGGGAGAUCGGUCGGCUCCGCCGUCGGUGGUCGAUCGUGGCCCGGGGAGGCCCCGGCUGUGGAUUUUGCUGCCCGCUACAGCCUCUCCAAGGGCCUAUUCGCCGGGUUCGGUGUCGGGGCCGGCUUUAUUCGAGUCGCGGACCGGGUGAACGAGCGGUUCUACGGAGCGCAGGUGUCGCCGCGUAACCUGCUGGGAGGCUUGAUGCCCCGACCGCCUGCAGCGAACCCUCUCUACUCUUCUCUGGGAAGACUGGAGAAUGUCACACGGAAACAGAUGCCUGGCGGCUAGACGGAAACACUUCGGUGGAGAAUGAGACUCAUCAAAUGUACUGCAUACCUAAUUUUGUACCGAAGGCGCACUCUGCAAGACGGUGCAGGGGAGGGUUGGCACGAACUUCGGUGCUGCGAAUACAUUUUUAGGGGCUUCACCAGUGGUUCCAUCGGUCGUCGCACGGAGUGAACUGUGGUGGCCUUCCGGCAGCUUGGAGAGCUGAGGCUGUCAUUUGUCACGCCUUCACUAGGUGUCUCGCUUGCUUUGCCACUCUUUUGGUGAUUUUGUGUUUUUUGGGUGGUGGCGUCUUGCACCAGAACAAGCUCGGAGGCCCCCGGAUGGUCGGGUUGGCAUGUUCAUGUACAUGUAGAGGGAAGCGGCCUGCAGCGCUUGUGGUAUGGCGCUAAUGAUCAGGCCUGUCUGAGUUGCUCGCUGGUCUGCGUCUUGAUGAAACUCAUUUUGGCAAUGCCAACAGAGGUUGAUUGAACAUUUCCGGUGAUUCCCACCUUGAGUGCAGGCUUUUCAAGGGCGUUUGGUUAUGUGGCACUACCCGUCCGCGGGGUUCUGCGAGAUCGGCUCCCUAUCUUCACGUACAGUCGACCCUGCUUUAAGGACGCUCGCGUUAACGAAACUCCCCGCUUACAGGAAACUUGUUUAGCUGAGUACCGGGAGCCCGGCAGGAUAUACGAUACUGGGGUACCC